GUGGGGAGUUCACUACUAGUCAGACAGACCUGAAGAAGCCUUUCGGAUGCGAGGUGAAACGUCUUCAAGAAUUUCACGCAAGUCCAGUUGCCUUCUUUAACACCUACGAUAUAUUGUCCUCUUGUCCACAAUGAACAUCUAGAACAGAUUACAUUUACAUUUAAGAGUUCGACCAAGAAGCGCAGAGAGCAUUUUCAGUAUUAUGGAGCCUUAUGGAUCGAUGCCAGACCACAUCCAGUUUCAGGAUGGACUGGACAAAACAUCUGCUGGAUGGCAAAAGCCCACUCACUCCCGGAGCAGCAGUGUUGCAUCGUCUCGUCACUCACGACAGCAUAUAAAAGAUUGGGAGAUAAUGGAUGAUCUGCAGGGGGAUUUUGGUGCCAGUCGUGAGACCAUGCAGGAUAAGAGUCCUCCUGGCAUCUGUCAAGGCUACUUGAUGAAGAGGAGAAAAUGGCCUCUCAAAGGCUGGCACAAGAGAUACUUUGUGUUGGAAAAAGGGAUUCUCCGAUAUUCAAAAAACCAAUAUGAUAGUUCGAAAGGGAAAUUAAACGGGUCAAUUGAUGUCAGUCUCGCAGUAAUGUCAGUAAACAAAAAGGCAAGACGGAUAGACUUGGAUACUGGAGACAGUCUUUAUCACAUGAAGGCAAAGAAUCAUGAUCUGUACUACAUAUGGGUGACCAAAUUGAGUGCCCAUCGGAUGUAUAAGAGGAACGAGGCAGCACAUGUUCAUAACAGCUUGCUGCAGGCCCUAUCUCAUGGCAACAAUGUGCUUCAGGGAAAUGGUACCACGCAAAAUGUGUACCAGAGCAUGUCUGACUCUUACCUGGGCGAUAUGGCAGCUAAGAGUGAAGACCCGCAUGUUGCAGACACUGGUGUCAGUGGGAAAGUGUGUGCUUGGCUGCAGCAGACCCAGGGCCGAGACAGCUGCACUCACGAACUGAACCGCUGUCAAAUCGAUCUGAAUGAUUUAAAUUGCUUGGUCCAGAAGCUGCACACUCUAGAGUUAGGCAAGACUGUUAACAAUGGAGAACUAAAGAGGAUCAUCAGCAUGCAGAAUCUUACACUUGAAAAGCCCAAGAAGAAAUCUGGCAGGAUAUGGGGACACUCUAAUACACUUGGAGUGUUCUCAUCGUCCCACCUGGGUGCCUCAGUGCCAUCCAUCCCUGACUAUGUCUACACCCAGCUUACUCCCUCAGCCUCCUCUAGCAACCCUGAAAGCAGAAAGAUCUACCAGGACAUCUGCACCGUGUCCCAAAGAUUGCAUACCUCUCUGAGGUCUGUGCAUGAAGCUCUGUUUCAAGAGCGCCAGCGACUCCAGGACACCUGGUCCAGCAGCGAUCUUCACCAGAACACUUCUGCUCAAAUGAAUGACAUAUGUAACACCCUGACUGAGUUAGAUGUGAAGUUCCGGCAAACACAAAUCCACACAAGGUCAGAGUGCUCUGACUCCUCUGAGGAAUCCUAUCGCACUGUGACCCUGAGAAAGUCUGACUCCAUAUGCCGUUCCUCAGUGGCAGACUCAGUGACGGAGUAUUUUGAUGCAUAUGAUGAGAUUUGUAGGAGAUUCUCUGAGGCAUCAGAUGAGUCAGGUCUGAGUGAUGCCUCCAGCAAUUCAGAGCCUGAGGAAGACCAUGUAAGAACAACACAGAAGUACCGUGCCAGUCUUUCCAAAGCAUCAGCAAAACCCAGCCGUAUCUUGGGAAGCACUGGCCACCGCACCAAACUGCCUGCAGUUUGCCCUGAUAACAGUCACGUAGGCCUUAUAACCAUCCUUUAUAACAACAUCGGGAAGGACCUGUCACGUGUAUCCAUGCCUGCAGUCCUGAAUGAGCCGGUCAAUCUACUCCAGAGGCUCUGUGAGGAACUGGAGUAUUCAGAGCUACUGGACACAGCCAACAAUACUGACGACCCUUACGAGAGAAUGGUGUACAUUGCUGCCUUUGCUAUCUCUGGCUAUUCUACAGCUCAGUAUCGUAACCGUUAUAAGCCCUUUAACCCAGUGCUGGGAGAGACAUUUGAGUGUGUAAGGGAAGACAGGGGUUUCCGCUAUAUUAGUGAACAGGUGUGUCAUCACCCACCCAUCUCUGCCUGCCAUGCUGUCUCUGACAACUUCUGUUUUUGGCAGGAUCAGCGAUGGAAGAAUAAAUUCUGGGGAAAGUCUUUAGAGAUAAUGCCAGCUGGAAUGGUGAAUGUGACUCUAUCAAGGUAUGGAGACCACUAUGAAUGGAAUAAAGUGGUGACGUGCAUUCAUAAUGUUCUCAGUCAGCAGCGCUAUCUAGAGCACUAUGGAGAAGUAACAAUCAGCAACCUGAACAAUUCGGUCUGUACCUGUAAAAUCACGUUUGUUAAGUCUCGCUAUUGGGGCUCAAAUGCAAAUAAAAAUGAGGUUCAAGGCCAAGUACUUGACCAGAGUGGUAAUGUAAUACACAGAUUCGGAGGAUUCUGGCAUGAGGGGAUAUUCUGUGACACACUACCCAACCCACAAUGUAUUUGGAAGCCAUACCCUCAGCCUAAGGACCACACCCUUUACUAUGGCUUCUCCAGCUUUGCAAUGGAAAUGAAUGAGCUGACUCUUGAACUUGAACCUCUGCUACCCCGAACAGAUACACGGCUGCGUCCAGAUCAAAGGAUGUUGGAAGAAGGCAAGGUGGAGGAGGCUGACAUCAAGAAAGAUGAGGUGGAGGAAAAACAGAGAGAACGGAGGAAGAUUUUGGCCAAGAGAGGAGAGCACCAUAUCCCUCGUUUCUUCAGGAAAUCUGUUGAUGCGGCUGGUAGAGAAGUGUGGCUCACUAAUGGAACUUACUGGAAGCUCAGAGAGAAUCCUGGAUUCACAAACAUGAAAACCUUGGAAUUAUGGUGAAGUCUCAGUCGAGUUUGAGACUUUGGACUGUAAAACUUUCUUGCAUCUUUCUUAAAGUACGUGGGCUUGGACACAAAGCAAAUUGUAGAGCACAGAUGAACUACCCAGGAUAGACUGGGCAAGGAUAAAGCCCUUAACCAAAGACCGAGUUUCUUUUUUUUCUUGCCCCCUGUUGAAGUAUUCAGGCUCUCACUUCUUUUAUGGUUGAACAAUGAAACCAAUAUAUUUAGGGGGUUAAUCCAUGUCUGAACCAAAUAUUGAUUGUUAUGCAAACAGGAGAGAUAAACUUGGGAAGGUUGUGUUGUUAGUGAUUUUUAUCAACACCGUGCGGGUUUUAGCAAAAUACUGUAAUAUAGGAUAUUUUGUAGUUUAAGUUAGAGGGGUGUGCAGAAUUGUUUUUGUAAUCUCACUCCCACCCACUCUUGUUGGAAUUCUGAUCAAAUCCCAUCCACUUCUUCACUUAUUAUUUUUGUUUAUACCUGCCUGUGAUAUCUUGUAAAGAAUUCAGUGUGUCCCACAUUAUAAGCAAAUGUGUAAUUUCAACUUCACUGACCCUGAUCAGGAUCAUCAGUGAAGAUGAGCCAUUCCUGCCUACAUGCGUAAAGCUUUUUUUUUUGUCCCAUGAUAUCCCAAUCGUGAUGCAUACUUCUAGCUUAAGCCAUAACGGAUGUAUAAUAGGCAUACUUUUUUUUAAAUUAAAAAAUUUCUUAAUGGGGAAUGUCAUUUACCCGUACAACUGAAAACAGGAGUGAAGAGAGAUUUUAGCGCACACAGCAUUUUGUAGUACUCUGGCAGUACAAUAACAAAAAAUGGGACAGGCUUGUGUGACGGGCUCAUACAUUUGUUUUCAAGGGACAUAUAUUUCUUAUUAGUUUAUGCACAUUCUUAUGAUAACACAUGGUAAGUAUUUACUUAUAAUAAAGGGGGUUGUUGAAUUAACUGCACAAUUGAUCUUGCUACUUGACUUUUUCUUGGAUGGAAUUAUUUUAAAAAAGGUAUUCUUUUGCAUGUGUGUGGAUCUUUUUUCUUUUUCAAAGCCAUCACAUCAGUGAGGCUUCCUGUAAUAGGAUUUAUUCUAAAUGGGAUUAGAAAAUGCACUUCCUCUUCCUCAAAGCCUUAGGCUUUGCGUAACCUGUGUGUACAGUGAAACUACAAUGAUUAAAAAAGUAUUUAAUGAAAACUUUUACAUUCUAAUGAAUAAAAGAUUCAUAAUGAAAAA